AUGGCCAAGUUCGGCUUUUUCCAGUAUCUGCGCCUGAAAUGCACCGCCGUCCUCUUUAGGGCUGUGGCCUGGCUUGCUCAGCGUUCUGUCUCCGGGUACACCCUCACUGAGCCGGCCGAGAGGAAGCUCAAAAAGAUCCCUGGAAGCUCCGCCGGAACCUAUAUCAACGUAUGGGUCUAUAUACCUCCCGGUAUCAACUUUUCUCGUCGCCCAGCCGUCCUUAUCAACUGGCAUGGGAGCGGGUUCGUGCUUCCAGGGUUCGGUCUCGACCAUCUGUGGUGUUCCAGAGUCGCGCAAGAAUGUGGUAUAUACGUCGUAGAUGCCGACUACAGAAAGGGCCCUGAGGAUCCAUUCCCUGCGGCCGUUGAAGACGCUGAGGCCGUGUUGAGCUGGGUAGCAGCCUCAGACCUAUUUGAUGAGAAGCGCGUCGCGGUCUCGGGAUUCAGCUCAGGCGCAAAUCUGGCCUUGGUUGCCGCUUCCGUACUGCGAGAGAAGCUCACAAUGGUGGACAUCAAGAUCCCAAUAGCAUUCUAUCCCGUCACGAACAAGGCCGCAGAUCCGGAGCAGAAGGUCGCCCCUCAGUCCAAUAAGCCCGUCCCCGCCGGCAUCUCCCGCAUCUUCAACGACUGCUACGUACCUGAUGUCGCGGUCCGCAGCGAUCCGCGGGUCUCACCCGAGUUUGCAGACCCGGAUUCCUUCCCAGAUCGCGUCACAAUUCUAACAGCUGCUGGGGAUAAUCUUGCACCGGAGGGAAAUGCGCUCGCCGCUAAGCUUGACAACGAGCAUCGAAAAGUGGUCACUCGUAUGUUUGAUGAUGUCAAUCACGGCUUUGAUAAAGGCUGUGCCAAGGGAUCUGUUGCAGAGAGGGUUAGAGACGAGGCGUACUCUUUAGCUAUCGCUAGUAUUAAAGAGGCUCUCGUCUGA